ACUAACCCAAAUUAUAUUCCUUUCCCAUCUUAAAUCCUCGGCCGCUUCGGCAUCUCGGGGCCCUCCUCUCUCCGGGUUUUGUUUGAAUAAAACCAGGCAAAUCCUCUCUCUAGAGAUCACUAAACUCCUCUCCCAUUCUUCUUCCUCUCUCGCUCGCCAUGGCUUCGAUCUCGAAGCUCGCUAACCCUAGCUUCGCCGCCUCCGGGGCGCCCCACUCCUCUCCUACUCUCCUAUGCGAUCCCAAGCUCUCCGUCAACUUCCACUCCGGAUCUCCGGUCCGGAGGGGAAUCUCGCCUCCGCGGCUCACGAUUCGAAGAGAUCGCCUAGAGAGGAGCUCUUUGGUAGUGAGGUGCUCCAAACAAGAUGGAAAUGGUGCCCCAAAUAAGAGAACAACCCUCCAUGAUCUAUAUGAGAAGCAAGGACAAUCUCCGUGGUAUGAUAAUCUCUGUCGCCCCGUAACAGAUUUACUGCCGUUGAUUGCAAGUGGUGUCCGAGGUGUUACUAGUAACCCAACGAUUUUCCAGAAAGCAAUAUCAUCAUCCAGUGCCUAUGAUGAACAAUUCAGACAGCUUAUAUCAGAAGGAAAAGACAUAGAAAGUGCUUAUUGGGAGCUUGUGAUCAAGGAUAUUCAAGAUGCAUGCAGACUUUUUGAACCUAUCUAUGAUCAGACGGAUGGUGGUGAUGGAUAUGUAUCCGUUGAAGUCUCUCCUAGACUUGCAAAUGACACAAAUGGCACUGUUGAAGCCGCAAAAUGGUUGCACAGAUUGGUUGACCGCCCAAAUGUCUACAUAAAGAUCCCAGCUACUGCAGAAUGCAUUCCUUCCAUCAAACAAGUUAUUUCACUUGGUAUAAGUGUCAAUGUUACGUUGAUCUUCUCACUACAAAGAUAUGAAGCAGUUAUUGAUGCUUACUUGGAUGGUCUUGAAUCUUCGGGGCUCAGUGACCUGUCUAGGCUUACAAGUGUGGCUUCCUUCUUUGUCAGUCGUGUUGACACCCUUGUUGAUAAGAUGCUUGAAAAGAUUGGGACACCUGAAGCUCUUGAUCUCCGUGGAAAGGCAGCAGUGGCUCAGGCAGUGCUGGCAUAUAAGCUUUAUCAAAAGAAAUUUUCUGGUCCCCGAUGGGAAGCUUUGGCAAAGAAAGGUGCCAAAAAGCAGAGAUUGCUGUGGGCAUCAACUAGCGUGAAGAAUCCUGCAUAUCCUGACACUCUAUAUGUAGAUCCUCUCAUUGGACCUGAUACGGUUUCAACCAUGCCAGACCAGGCUUUGCAAGCCUUCAUUGAUCAUGGCGUUGUUUCGAGGACGAUUGACUCAAAUGUAUCGGAAGCUGAAGGCAUUUACAGUGCGCUUGAGAAGAUAGGAAUUGACUGGAUUGAGGUUGGGUCACAACUUGAGGUGGAGGGCGUGGAGUCCUUCAAGAAGAGUUUUGAUAGUCUGCUAGUCACCCUGAAAGAGAAGGGCGAUUCUCUCAAGUUUGUCAGCCUGUAAAUUUGUGAUUAGCCGGGUGCCUUUCCAUUCCCUGUGGUUGGUGACCUUAAUAAAUGAUCUUAAUAAUGUUGGUUUUGGUUCUAUUUAGAUGUAAAUUCACCUGUUUUGUAAGAUGCACUUUAAAAAAUAUGUGCUCUUAUUAGUUUACAAUGUGCUCU